CACUGUAUUUGAACACUACUCUUGUUCAGGUCGUGUCGCGCAUGCCAAAGUGAAGCUAUCUUAUACUGAUUUUGUGACGCUAGAAGUAGGACAGAGGGUCUUGUCUUGCGGUGAAGGUGAACAGCUCGGUCAUCCUGGACGUACUACAACCAAGAAACCUAGAAAGGUUGAUAUUGUUGAAGAUGAAGAAUUACAAAUAGUUCAGGAGUUGAACCAGAAGGAAGUACAGACAAAUUUACAAAAGUUGAACUAA